UGCAAGUUUUUACGAGUUUAGUUUUCUUCACAAAUGUAUCCAUAAACUUGUGAUUCCUCAUAGACUUGGGAGGAAGAAUGGAUGGAUUUGGAACAAUCACUUGGUGGGGCUUUAGCCCUGCUAUUGAUCUUCUCAGCGAAGAUGUAAGUGAGUGUCUUGAAAAGAUGCACCUCAACUCGACUGCAGAUCCAGACACAGUGCACAUUCUCCUGAUAGGCGGUGGUGACAUAAGGCACAUUCUAAAAACGAUGUCGUGUUCAUGGAAACACAAGAAGAAAAAGCUACAUUUCUAUAUCAUAGAGAAUAAUCUGGAGUUAUAUGCAAGAGACUUGCUGUUUUUCUCCAUAGCCAUGGAAACUCGAGAAAGGAUGGGCUUACAAGAGAAAACUGAGCUGUUUUUAGAGUUGUAUGGUAACACUCUCGUCAGGUAUCAGUCUAUGGAAUAUGUACAGAAAUUGUCAACAGAAUUUAUAAAAAUGGUGACAGAUUUUGACAACUUAGCGGAGAAACUGCCCUACAUUGACAUGUCACAGCUUAAGUUCAAGGAGAGGGACAUGCUGGAAGCCAUAUUCAAAUUCUGGCGGAAUCCAAAUCGUGAGAAAGAUGUGUUUGACAUUGAGAAAGCCUGGGACCAGCGGCUACGAGCAUAUCUUGGAACACGAUAUGAUGCCAUUCCAAAUUGCUUUGACUGGGAUUACAGCAUGAAGAUGGCAGAAAGAGGGGCAGAAAUUCUCAACAGCAGAUUCUAUGCCAAAUGGCGGCUAUCUGGUGUUGCAUUUGAGAUCAGAGACGGCACGUAUAAUGUCCCAAAUAAGACAUUGGCAUCUGGGAUGAUUUUCAAGAAAGAAGGCGAGAGAUUAGCCAGACGUGGCUACUGGGGUGACACCUUAGUCAGUCCCUACAUCACCUUUGGGUUGGAGUGUGAGGAGAAAAGUUUCUUCAAGAAGUCGAACAAUAUACUGACAAGGUCAUCAGUUGACGUUGCAGAAUACAACAUGCUACAAAUCUUACAUGAACUCAUGCACAAAGAGAAGUACAUUCCAUCAAAAACAGAAGUAAAGCCAGAGGAGCAGAUGAACAAAGGUGCUACUUUGACUGAGAUAACUGAGGAAGAAGAGGAGGAAGAGAAAACAAAAGAGGAGCCGUCCAUGUCAGCUGCUAGUCCCCUUGAUUUAGAAUACAAGUCUCUUCAAUUAGACGAUGUCCGCAUCUCAUUCCUGCCACUCAACUCCGCCCUAGAUCUUCAUAAAAAGAACAAAUACCAGAAGUUAUUCAACAUCAUAUAUUUUUCAAAUAGCAUGGUGCACACAUUGACUCGCGAGAUUGAAUCCACGUUUGCUGACAAAGCCUCUGUUGUCUUGGAGACUGCAAAGUUCAUGAUUGAGUUGAAAAAGGAACAGACAACCGAAUUUGCAACGAAAAUUGUGGGUCUAGGUGAAAAGGCAAACUGCAAGCCUUGUGGUACUUACGAUGGCCUGAAUGACACCUUCAUCAGACUAACACACGAAUCGUAGAACAUUACCUGGACUCGAACACUGCUGCUGUGCUUCUCAGUGGAAAGAGUUCAAAUUGUCUUAUCAGGAAUAGGAAUGCUGGUUCAAUUGCUUAAAUGGACCUGCAAUGAAGGAUUUUGAAGGGAUACUAAGAUAAGGGACAAUCCACAGGACACACACAAUCUUCAAACCUUGUCAAACAGGUUGUGGAGAAAGUGCUGCCUUAUCAUGUGCUCCUAUAGUAGAUAUGCUAGCUAGUGCUGGUUUCCUGUUACCAGGACAUGUUAUCAUGUGCUCAUGUCCUGUUAAAUGAUCUACCCAAGCAUUUGAAACUCUCCCCAAACAUUCACUUUGUCUAGAGUCAUCUUAAAACUUGGUUGUUCCUAAAUCACUCUGGUAGUGUAGUGCCUUGAUCAUGCUUUGAAAAGGUCUGAUAUGAAUGUUUAGAUUAUUAUGUAUAUACAGCCUAUUUUUAAGGUUGGCAGCACUUUCAAAAGUUACUGUAAUCAUACCGAUAGACAUCGAAAAGUGUACACAGCCAGUCAGUAGAAUUCCUCUCCGUCCAUUACUGCGAGUUUGUUCUGUGAUCAACUUCAUUACCUAUAUGUUGCACCUUUGUUUUGAACAUUAUU